AUGUGUCGCCAAAACCCACACAAAGUCCAAAGCCCAAUCUCAAUAACUCCACCCAAACGAUCCGAAAACCAAUCCCUCAGACGUUCCAAUUCCAUGCAACUACCCCCAACCGAAAAAACCAACCUCCUUUUCUCCUCCUCUGAAAUAGCAUCAGCUACCAACGCCUUGCAAUCCCCAAAACUCGGCAAUUCCUCGGCGUGGAAAUGCACCCUCCGCGGCAAAACCGUCGUGGUCUAUCAACUCCCCUUCCCAAACCCCGCCCCCGACGCGGCCCGAUUCCGCACCCUCCUCGCCGAUCUCUGCAAGGUGAGUCACGCCGGCAUCGUCCGACUAAUCGGCGCUUGCGAGUGUGGGCCCCACGUGUACUUCGUCCACGACUUCGAGAGCGGUACCGAUCUCGCCCACUGCCUACGUGGCAGAAACCUUAUCGAGCACACGCUCCUCUCCAAAUGGAUACAUCGGAUCCGUAUCGGGUCCGAUAUAGCCAAGGCGCUCGAGUACUUGCACCACGAUAUCCCGAUACGUUUCGUGCACAAGCACGUGAAGUCCUCUGGUAUCAUCGUGAGCGAGCCCGAUUUUCGCGCCAAGCUCGCAUACGUAGGGUCGCACGUGCUCACGUGUGGGCUACACGUACCGGAACGGGCCGAGACGAGGAGGUCGGGCAGCGUAAAGAUCAGUGGGACCCAGGGGUACAUGGCGCCCGAGUACGCGGCGGGCGGGUCUAUUACACCGAAGUUCAAUGUAUACGCUUUUGGUGUUGUGCUUUUGGAGCUGCUGACGGGCGAAGAGGCCGUGCGAUACGUGUAUGAAGAGAGGGAGACCAUGUAUCGGAAGAUCUCGUUGGUGGAGGGGUUGGGCUAUGUCAAUAGGGGUUUCAGGAAUUGGGUUGACGGGAGGAUGAUGGAUUCCUAUCCGUUGGAUUGCGUAGAAAGGGUGGUUGAAAUUGCUCGAGCUUGUGUGGACUUGGACCCAGAAAAGAGGCCCCACAUGAGGUGGGUCUCUAAUGAGCUGUCGAGGGUCUUGAUUUUCUCUGAGAAGUGGGAGAAGAUGAGACGUAGUACGGGGGUCAAUAUUUCAUCGGUGGGUAGAUGA